GGAAGAGAUUGGGUGUGGGUAGAGGGUCAUUCCUAGAAAGUAUAUUAGAUUGAAAGAUGGGAUACUACACAAAGAUUUCACCCUCAUUUUACAAGAACUUUAUGGUCUGAAUUCAGGUUUUCUUAAUGGUGCAAGCUUCUAUGAUUAAUUACCCUUCCUAUGAUGAGAUCAUGAGAGAAAACUUUCGAUUAAGGCAAGUCAUUAGAUAGACCCUAGUUACCAAAUGUAUAGUAGUAACAAAUUUAAUAUAGAAUUAAAAAAAUUAAAAAAAAUUAAAAAAAAUUAAAAAAAAUUAAAAAAUAAAUUAAAAAUAAAGUAAAAAAUAAAAUAAAAUAAAAAAACAAAUUUAAUAUAGAAUUUGGUGUUGGGAUUUGACACUUAUCUCCUUGCGCUUAAAGUAGAUGAUAUGAGAAAUAAUAAUGAACUCGAUCAAGAUCUCAUUAUUCCAUCGUCCUGAUUUGUCCAGCUCCCUAGCCUACUUUGUCAGAGAAGGUAGUCGACCCAACCAUACCAUAGAAUCCUUGUUGGAAGUUAUGACUUUGUUUCGUCUAAGUUUACCUUGAAGUCCUGGGGUGGUUUUCCCUUUGUUUACCACCUUGUGGUGACCCCCGUAUUAGAACCCAUGUGGGGGUGACCUAGAUCAUGUUGAGUAGCCAGGGGUUACCAACUGCUUCAAUCGCCAACUUGCCGCCUCAACACCAAUGGCUUUUAGUAGCUUGAUGGUACCUAUGAGAUAGUUUACUGGUCAUUAUGGCCCCAUCUAGUGGGGAAGAGGAGAUCACCCCAACGGAUUUGUGUUCUAAUAAAAUACUUUCCCACUGUUAAUGACGAGAAUAGUAGUCCGAUGGUUCUCCAUCUUGAAGGACUAGUCCUGGUGAUGAAAACUAAUUUGGAUGACCUUCUCGAUAAGUACCUAUGCCUGCAGCUAGCCUAGCUGCAAGUAUAAGGUUGAUGACCAUCUUGAAUAGUUCAAUUCAAGUUGGGACUAACCUGCUUUGGGCCUGUUUGCCUUUUUUCGGCCCUGUCCUCACAGAAGUAGUAGCCGUGGAAGUUUGUGGUUGGUUGGCCCGGUGAUGAGCAUCCAUGGUAUUUUGCCACCAUAUUUAAUAUAAUAUUUAUAGAAAGUUAUUUUUCUGAUUUAUUAGUUUAAAUCUCUUGCAUUCUGGUUUUUAGUUACUGUAUGAGUCGACAAGUCCUUCAUUACUUCACAGUUUUAUCUCUCAUUAUUUUAGUUCUUUCUUCUUUGAGUACAUAAAAAGGUUCAAGAUUCUCAAGGGCUAAGGCUUCUAAUAAACAAUUAGUUUCUAAAAGAUAAAUUCAUUAUAACUGCUGAUCCAUCAGGAAACCUAACUUGAAUGAUGAAUAAUUUUGAGGAAAGGAAAUAAUAGGUGUAAUUUUAAUUUUGUCCAUUCUCCAUCUAUAAUUCUGGAAUCAUGAUCUACACCUUUGUCAUGGCUAAUUUCUGUCUCCUGGCUGCUAAUAUUGCUAGCAACAUCAUUUCAUUGAUUUGAUGUAAUUAUUACCAUCGUCUUUAUAACAGGCUAGAACCGAUAUGUUUGUGCUCUUUAUUUUUUUGUAACUAAUAUAAACUCCGGCUUACAUAUCUGUUCCCAUCAAGAAAUAUUUGGAUAAGAAAGACAACAAAUUAUCGAUAGCUAAUUCGUUUAGGCAUGCUCAAUACUGUUACAGGGACCUAUUUCUUUGAGCAUUGCAAAAUGAGAAUAUAUAUAUAUAUAUUAUUUAUUUUUAUUUAUGCUUAUUUGCUUUUUCUUGCUUCUGCAAUAACAUUACUCCUAGUUUUGCAUGAGGAUUUACAGAUGUCUGGAAGGGCUGGUCGUCCACCAUUUGAUGACACUGGAGUGGUUGUAAUAAUGACCAGGAGAGCAACAGUCCAUUUGUAUGAAAAUCUCUUAAAUGGUUGUGAAAUGGUUGAAUCUCAGCUACUAUCAUGUGCGAUGGAACAUCUUACAGCUGAGAUUGUUCAACUGACCGUUUCCGACAUAAGUUUAGCUAUAGAGUGGCUAAAAUGCUCCUACUUAUAUGUUCGGAUUAAGAAGAAUCCUGAGAACUAUGGAAUAAAGAGAGGAAUUCCUCAUCAAAACCUAGAAAUGUACAUGCGAGAAAUAUGCGUUCAGAAUAUUAAUGAAUUAGCAGAAUACGGGAUGAUUUGGACGGAUGAAGACGGCUUCCUUGUUAAGCCAUUAGAACCUGGAAGGUUAAUGACGAAAUUCUAUUUAAAAUUUGCUACAAUGAAAAGUAUCAUGGACGCUCCUGGAAGUUGCAGUUUAGAAGAUGCACUGCGUAUUAUUUGUGCCUCUGAAGAGAUUUCUUGGAUCCAGCUUCGACGCAAUGAGAAGAAGCUUUUGAAUGACAUUAACUUUGAUAAAGGAGCUCGAUUGCGCUUUCAUGUCUUUGGAGAGAAUGGAAAGAAAAAGAAACGCAUCCAGACAAGGGAGGAGAAGAUAUUUGUGCUGGCUAAUGACUGCCUGAUGGGUGAUCCUUCGGUCCAUGAUCUAUCCCUCAACCAGGACAUGAACUCAAUAUGCACCAAUGGCUGUAGGAUUGCCAAAUGCAUGAAAGAGUGUUUUAUCUUCAGGAGGAGUUAUAAGGGAGCUCUGAGUUCAUCGCUUCUGGCCAAAUGUUUGCACCAGAGGCUCUGGGAUGAUAGUCCCUACUUGCUGAAACAACUACCUGGCAUUGGGAUGGUCACCGCUAAGGCUCUGCAUUCAGCAGGAAUUAAUUCAUUCGACAAAAUGUUAGAAGCUGAUCCAAGAAAAAUCGAACUAAUAACAGGCCGCAAGUACCCAUUUGGUAACCAUAUAAAAGAAUCCCUCUCAUCCCUUCCUCCAAAAGUUGAGAUGCGUGUAGAGGAGACCGAGUACAAAAGGCAAUGCAAAUCAAAGUUGCUAAUAACGUUGACCCGUUUAACUAGACGCAUUACAUCAAGCAAACAUCAUUAUGCCGAUCUGGUUGUUGGCUCGGAAGAGGACAAUGCAAUCCUGUAUCAUGAGAAAAUAAGAACUGAAGAGUUUUCCAGCCCUUACGUUGCCAAUGUUCUUGUUCCAUGCCCGAGCUUUGGAAGAGUAACUGUGAAAGCUGAUCUUAUAUUUGAAAAUUACGUUGGUCUGGAUGUGCAUGAGAAGCAUGUUAUUUCCCGGGAAGCAAGUUCAGAUAUAACUAACGCUGGCAGAAAUGAAGUUCGGCCAUCUAAUUAUACCAUUCCAAAGGAGAUCUACUCCAAAAAUGAUGGUAAGACGAGAAACCUAUUGGACAAAACUGAAGAUAACCAGGAAUUUGCAAACUCUGAGAGGCCGUCCACUUCCUUGCCAAGCUUUGAUCUUUUACAAAAUGAAAUGAAUGAAGAUUUAGUCAUUCUUGAACCUGAAAAAAUGGAAAGCAAACCUAAGGUGGAUGAAGCAAUAUUUGAUCAUAUCCGUAGAAAAUCAAAAUCCUUCCCUGAUCUCAUGACAUUGAAAACCAUAGAUCCCUCUCACCAAGCACUGAUUCUAGCAGAAGUAUACGCCUCCAUGGAGCAAUCUGGGCUUGAUUCCAUUAAAACUCAGGAAGAUAUAGUGGUUCUGACAGAUUCAGAGCCACUUGAUAUGAGUAAACAUCAAGAAGAUGGUGUGGUUCUGAUGGACAAAGAGCAAAUUGAUACUUUUACCGAAUCUGAGAAUGCUGGAAAAUAUUUCCUGGAGUCUAAUAUCCACAAUAUUGACAGAAACAAAAGAUUCACUAACAGUGGCAACUUUACAAAUAACCAGUUGAAAAAAAGGAAACUAGCUGAUGACUGGAUUAAUGAUAUCAUGGUGAAGGAAUGCAAAAGAAACAGGUCUGAUCACUUAAGUGACACUUCUACUACGGCAGAUUUCAGAAAUCAAAUAAAAUCUGUAGGGCCAAAGAGUUCUAUGGACCUGCAAGAUGGCCAACAAUUCAGCUGCAUGGGAGCAGCACCUGGUGGUUCCAUGGAUGUUUCCUUCCUGGGCUUCAAAAGUGUAUUCUCCUUUCUUUGAUCCAAAGAAAAAAAAAAUGGCGGAUUAUCUGCUGAAGUUCUUGAUUCAAUUGAAUGUGCAAAGACGGGAGCUUGGCUUCGAAGAAUUAAUACUUGGUAAGCUUCAGGUUAUGCAUAACAAUUCUUGUCUGAAGAACACUAAGAUUCACUUAGUUUGUUUCAAAAGAAAAGAGAAAAAAAAGCUCUGGAUGUCCUAAAUAAAUUUUUGAUCCGGGCGAGUUUAAAAUC